UUCGCUAACUCUCUCUCAAACAACACUUCAAACAUGGAUUCUCCUCUCCUCCAUGAAAUCAAAAAGCAAGCUUCUUUCUUCUUCAAGGACAAGAUUAAAACUGCGAGGUUAAAAUGGACUGAUGUUACACCAGUUGAACUAAUGACAGAAGAAGCUACCAGUGAAAAUCCAUGGCCCCCAGAAACUUGUAACUUGGGAGUAAUAUCGCGAGGAGCAUUCGAAGUUGAUGAUUAUGAGAGAAUUGUGGAGAUUUUGCAUAAGAGGUUGCAGAAAUUUGAUAGAAGUAAGUGGAGAGCCUCGUACAAAGCUCUGAUUCUUCUGGAACAUCUUCUAACCCAUGGGCCUCUAAGAGUACCUGAGGAGUUUCGGUGUGAUGAAGACGUUAUCAAAGAGAUAGGACAACUUCAGUACAUUGAUGAGAGAGGGUUCAACUGGGGGAUGAGAGUUAGAAAAUUAUCAGAAAGAUUAGUAAAGCUGCUGGAAAACAACGAGUUUUUAAGAGAAGAAAGAUCAAGAGCUCGGCAACUUUCUCUAGGGAUCGAAGGCUUCGGAAGCUUCAACAAUCAAACUUGGGCAAUCAAUGGAAGCAUCAAUGCCUUUCCUUCUAAGAAAUAUGAAAAAAAUAAUUCUUGCUGCGGCUUUCAUGAAAGUGAGGGACAAGGUAUCGUGAACUUAGACAAGAAAUUUAGUACUGGAGAUGGAGACAAAGAAAAGCAACAAGUUCACAAAAACAUGGACGAGAAACUCCUAAAGCAAGAAAACAAGACAAAUUUGGAAGAAGACUUUAAGAUUGAGCAUCCCUUUGUUGACAAAGAGAGCUUCGCUCAAGCAUCAUUGCUUUCUGUGUAAUAUACUAUAUGCUUAGAUUGUGUUGUCCUCGGUUCGUAAACUCUGGCAUGUAAAUAGUUAUGGUAUAGGACUUUAGAUCUAGAUUUAUCUGCUUGUCCUGUCCUGUUCCAGAAAUUGUAGUGCCUUAUAGUGCAUUUGGAUUAAUGAGACUGAGAACAAGUGAAAUUUCAAUGGCAUAUGAUGCUGAAUUGGAAU